AUGGGCGACUGCAGGGCAUCCGAGUCCCAGGCCCAGACCGCCGCCAGCAGCCUCGCCCGCCGAGGUACUCAGAAGAAAGUGCACGAGGUGAAGGGCCACAGGUUCGCCGCGCAGUUGUUCAAGCAGCCCACCUUCUGCAGCCACUGCGCCGGCUUCAUCUGGGGGCUUGGGAAGCAAGGCUACCAGUGCCAGCUCUGCCGCUUUGCGGUCCACAAGAGGUGCCACGAGCUUGUUGCUCUUCCCUGUCGGGGCGCAGGCGAGGGGCCCGACGCCGAUGACGCCAAGAACAAGCACAAGUUUAAAGUCCACAGCUACCGGAGGCCCACCUUCUGCCAGCACUGUGGGUCGCUGCUGUACGGCCUGAUCCGCCAGGGGAUGAAAUGUGAGGCCUGCUCUAUGAAUGUGCACCGGCGGUGUGAGGCGAAGGUCCCCGGCCUCUGUGAGGUGGACCACACCAAGAAGAGGAGCAGCUCCACCAGAAGCUGA